AUGCAGCACAAUAUCCCCACACUGGUCAGCUCCCAUGACAGACACGGGACAGACUUCCAGCUCAGGGAUAAGACUGUCACCCAGCAGCGGAGGCCGUGUGCAGAGAGAGACAUCCUCCAGUCCACUGACCAGGGGAAGGGCUCCCAGGUGGGCAGGUCCCAGGGAGCGGGCCCGGCGGAGGGCCUCUUUGUGUGCAGCGAGUGUGGUAAGGCCUUUGGGCAGAGCUCUGCCCUGGCCCUGCACAGGCGAUGGCAUGCCCGUGAGAAGGCUUACAAGUGUCCGGAGUGCGGCAAAGCCUUCCCCUGGAGCGCCAGCCUUGUGGAGCACCAGCGGACCCACACGGGCGAGAAGCCCUUUUUCUGCGCUGUGUGCCGCAAGGCCUUCAGCGGCAGCUCCUCUCUCAUCGUGCACCAGCGGGGCCACACGGGCGAGCGGCCCUACAAGUGUACCGAGUGCUGCAAGGCCUUCAGCUGCAGCUCCCUGCUCCACAUGCACCGGCGCAUCCACACGGGCGAGAAACCCUACCGGUGCGGGGAGUGUGGCAAAGCCUUCAACCAGAGGACCCACCUGACACGGCACCUGCGCAUCCACACGGGCGAGAAGCCCUACAAGUGCGGGGCCUGUGGGAAGGCCUUCACGUGCCACGCGUCGCUCACCGUGCACGAGACGAUCCACGGUGGCGAGAAGCCCUUCCAGUGCGGCGAGUGCAGCAAGGCCUUCCGCAGCCGCUCGCGCCUAACCCUGCACCAGCGGGGCCACACGGGCGAGAAGCCCUUCAAGUGUGGGGCCUGCGGCAAAGGCUUCAGCUGCCACGCGUACCUCCUCGUGCACCAGCGAAUCCACAGCGGUGACAAGCCCUUCAAAUGCAGUGAGUGUGGCAAGGCCUUCGGCUCCCACGCUUACCUCGUGGUGCACCAGCGGGUCCACACGGGUGAGAAACCCUUUGACUGCAGCCAGUGCUGGAAGGCCUUCAGUUGCCACUCGUCUCUCAUCGUGCACCAGAGGGUCCACACCGGCGAGAGGCCCUACAAGUGCGCCGAGUGUGGGAAGGCCUUCAGCCAAAACCACUGCCUGAUCAAACACCAGAAGACCCACUCUGGGGAGAAGUUGCGGAAGUGCCGAGAAAUGUUCAGCUGGAGGACCCACCCCGCCGAGCACCAGAGACAGCGCAACCCAGAGAAGCCCUUGGCUGUCCAGUUCAACCAGUGCUUGCUGAGCACCUAUGAUGGACCUGGCAGCCGGCUGGACACAGCGGGCCAGGGUCUGCAUGCCGGUGGCACUAUUGAUGCAGUGGAUGUGGCAGAGCUGCUGUGUGCAGUGCAGCCCUUGCCCAGCAGAACGUUGCCCCUAGGGGGGCAAACCUAG